AUAAUGAAUGUUUCUUUGUUGCCAGGAUCACUGGAUUGGACAUUAUCACUCUGAUCUAAAAUGGCGUACCAUAUUUGGUGCAUGUUUGCUCUUCUUGUGUUUGGCAAAGGCUCCCCCUCUACCAUGUCUACAGCCACGAUAUCUUUUCAACGAAGGCAGUUCCUACCUGUCAAAGGAGAAGAUUUUACGAUGAAGUGCACCUAUUUCCCUCCUUCGAAUGAUCGCACUGUCAAGUGGAAACACGAAGAAACGCGAAUUGCGUCUGAGUGGUGCACAACUGCGAGUGAAUGUACACCCAAUAUUUCAAAUCCUACAAAGUACAAGUUAAUGGGUGAUGACCGCAGCACAUCGCUUACGAUAAUCAAUUUGAACACUGGUGACAAUGGGAGAUACACAUGCACUGUAUUUAACCUACAUGGAGAACGUUCAACGACUGAAAUACUGAAAGUACUAACUCCAGUUCCACCCUCACGGGUUUUCAUGUCUAACGCCCACUCGGGCCGGCAAUACUUGAACAACGCCAAUAUAAGUAUAACUGCUGGAGAGUCAUUAAGCAUCACCUGUGGAGCAAAUAGGGCAAGGCCUCCCGCAGUACUGCAAUGGCUAGUACCAGAGGACGUGACCGUUGUUCAUCAGGAUCAAUCUGAUGUCAUUCAAGACGGAUCUUACAUCUCCAGGAAAGCCUUGACGAUCACACCCACCAGAGAUGACCACGGAAAGAUUCUCAGCUGCAUCGCAUCACACCCGGAAAUACAAAGGAGUCUUAGAUCCUCAGUUCUUCUGAAUGUUCAUGUUCUUCCUUCCAGUGUGCUGCUCUUUCUAACUGGAGGUAACCAGUCUCAAUCAACAGUCAUAAACGUUCAAGAAGAUUCACCGACUUCAAUCACUUGUAAAAGCAUCGGGUCAUUUCCAGCAACUGAACUAUCAUUUUGGCUUGUAGUUAAUGCCUUUGAGAGGAGUCCGAUCCUUGCAAAUGUCUCGAGUAAUAGGAGUAUUUUAGACGACACUUUGUUUGACACUGAAAGUACCAUUACCAUAAGACCAGAUGCCACGAAACAUGGAAUACACAUUGUAUGUUCCUCGUAUAUGGACGACGCCUUCUUUGUUAAAUUACUGACAGCAAGACUAGUUGUUUACGGGCUACCGGUCGAUGUCACAAUAUCUAUCCCAGGUGACAUGUUUGAAGGUGCCGAGACCAACAUAACCUGUAGAGCUCUUAAUGGAUACCCAGCUCCUCUCAUUCACUGGUACAUUGGAUCAAGGAACCUGACAGAUAAUUCAUCGCUGGAGACUUCAUUGAAUGCAGCUGGUCGAUAUGAUGCUGAAAGCACUCUGACUCUGAUACCGAUGAUGUUUGACCAAGAGGGGCGAUGUCAUUAAUGAAACAAUAAUUUUUGGUGGAUUAUUCAGAUAUUGCAAUAAUAAGAAAACGGGCAAAUGAAAUUAU